AUGACCCAAGAUGCCCCCUCCGACUUGCGCUACGUGCGGUACGACAGCGCCCGCGAGAAUGAAUACGUCGCCGCCAUGCGCCAGCUGAUCUCCAAAGACCUAUCCGAACCAUACAGUAUCUACGUCUACCGUUACUUCCUCUACCAAUGGGGGGACCUGUGUUUCCUAGCAAUGGAUGACAAGGACGAGAUGGUCGGUGUGGUGGUGUCAAAGCUGGAGCCGCAUCGCGGUGGCCCACUACGAGGGUAUAUCGCCAUGCUGGCCGUGCGCGAGGAAUACCGGGGGCGGGGAAUUGCGACUAAAUUGGUUCGUAUGGCCAUUGACGCAAUGACCGAGAGGAAUGCGGAUGAGAUCGUCCUCGAAACUGAAAUCACCAAUACCGCCGCAAUGAAACUCUACGAGCGACUGGGCUUUUUACGGAGCAAGCGACUACACCGAUAUUAUCUAAACGGCAACUCUGCCUACCGGCUCGUUCUAUAUCUUAGGGAAGGGGUUGGCUCGAUUCGAACGUCGUUUGACCCGUAUGGUCUACCUCCACCUCCGCCUAUGGAUCAGUCAUACCAAACUCCCACAGCCACACAAGGGAAUGGGAGUUGA